AUGCCUUUAUCCAAUAAUGCUAGUUCCUACCCCUUUUCAUUCUUACUUCUUGGAAUUCCUGGUCUGGAAAACUUUCACAUCUGGAUUGGCUUUCCAUUCUGUGCUGUCUAUCUGAUUGCCUUAGUGGGAAACAUCACUAUCCUGACAGUGAUUCGACUGGAACGAAGCCUCCACCAACCCAUGUUCUACUUCUUGGCCAUGCUGGCUUCCAUUGACCUGGGCUUAUCCACAGCUACCAUCCCCAAGAUGAUGGGUAUCUUCUGGUUUAGCUUGAGAAUGAUCAGCUUUGGAGGUUGCCUCACCCAAAUGUUCUUCAUCCACAUCUUUACUGGCAUGGAGUCAAUUGUGCUAGUGUCAAUGGCCUAUGACCGCUAUGUGGCUAUCUGUAAUCCUCUACACUAUAGUUCUGUCCUCACCAACAAGAUUGUAGCCUUGAUGGGCCUUGGAGUACUGAUGAGAUCUUUUUUCAUUUGUCUUCCCUUUGUGUUUCUUAUCCUAAGACUAACUUUCUGUGGACACUACAUUAUCCCUCACACCUAUUGUGAACAUAUGGGAUUGGCCCGCCUGGCCUGUGUAAACAUAAGGAUCAACAUCAUCUAUGGCCUCUGGGCCAUUUCCAUAUUGGUGUUGGACAUGGUUGCCAUUGCUAUCUCAUAUGUGCAGAUUCUACGUGCUGUCUUUCGCCUCCCUUCUCGUGACGCCAGGCUCAAAGCUCUUAGUACAUGUGGUUCCCAUGUCUGUGUUAUCUUGGCAUUCUAUAGCCCUGCACUCUUCUCCUUCAUGACACACCGUUUUGGCAAGAAUGUACCCCGUUAUAUUCACAUCCUCCUGGCCAAUAUGUAUGUGGUCAUCCCACCCAUGCUUAACCCUGUUAUCUAUGGGGUUAGAACCAAACAGAUUCGGGAGAAGGUGUUGAGAGUAUUCUGUACAAAUAGCUUAGGUUAG